AUGAGCAAACAAAAUUCUCAUACGAAGAAAUUCCGGAACAAACUGUGGAGUCCUACCAGGAAAGGAUCGAUAACCACUCCCGAUGCGGAUCUUCCGUCCAGUAACCAACGUGAAAGACCGUUUCUUAGAAGAGCGUCGAGCAAGAUGUCUUCUGGAAUGUUCUCAAUUGGCAGAUAUGCAUUCGAAAGUCCACUAGAAGGUCAGUCUAGGAGUGAAGGUGGUAGUGAGGAAAGAAGUGCUUCUCCCGAUAUUGAUUCAGGUUUUGUUUCUGCAGUUUCCGCAGGAAAACCGUCACACUCUGUCAAUCAUAAUUUUGAUACUUUAGGCUCUUUGAAGGAACUAGUGGUUUCAGCACCGCAUUCCGUUUCGAACUCUCCAAAAAUCUCAGGAAACUCGCUCAAUAGCCAUCUACCUCCACAGAAUCCAUCAGAUCAUUCCUUAGAGCCCAUUGCCAUUCCAGAACCCCCAGUUCAGCCUGCUGACAUUCACGAGCCAAGUUGUAUCCACGAUCUUGAGCCGCAGCUCAGGUGUGAUCUUGAUACGUUGGAAAAGGGUGCAGCAUUGGAACCUUUGGGGAAAAACCUGCCUGGCCAUUACCCAGAAACUGAGGCAUUGGCUCCGGAGCGGAACCCCAACAAUUACGCAUCAAUUAAUUUCGAAAGUAGAAAUUCGCCACCUGCCUUUUUGUCAACUCUUUUUAUCUCAAGACAGCGUCCCCGUUCGACUACGCAGACACACCGACAAACAGGAACCCGGCGUAGCGAAUAUUUCCGGCGGAAAACUCUUUUCUGCAUCAUCAUACUGCUUGCUGUUCUUACAGUAAUGUAUAUGGUAAUGGAUUCCAACGAAUACUUAUUCUCUUCGAUUAGAAGAAGAUUCAGUAUGUGUAGCCAUAAUGAGUUUGAUUCCGCCAACCUAUUUUUCGAUCAUGGGCCUUUGGAUCAAUCCUACUGA